GGACUCAGAAGAGGCGGCGGCGGAAAAGGCGCCGCCCCCUUGGCGAGCUUCGCGACCUGGCGGCCUCCGCAGGACCCAUGGCGGAUUCCUCGCCCGCGCUGUCCCUGCGGGAAGGCGGCCCCCGAGCUCCCCGGCCCUCGGCUCCCUCGCCGCCGGCACGCUCGCGCUCGGGCUCGGAAUCCGAGGAGGCCGAGCUGUCGCUGAGCCUGGCCCGCACCAAGACCCGCUCGUACGGCAGCACUGCCAGCGUGCGGGCGCCGCUGGGCGCCGGCGUCAUCGAGCGCCAUGUGGAGCACCGGGUCCGCGCCGGCGACACGCUGCAGGGCAUCGCGCUCAAGUACGGAGUCACGAUGGAGCAGAUUAAAAGGGCAAAUAAACUGUUUACAAAUGAUUGUAUAUUUCUGAAGAAAACUUUGAACAUCCCAGUUAUAUCAGAGAAACCUUUGUCGUUUAAUGGACUUAACUCAAUAGAUUCUCCAGAAAAUGAAACUGUCGAUAGCAGUUUUUCUCAUGAGGAAGAGCCGGUAGCAGCUGCAGAAGACCUCUCUCCUCCCAGUCCUCAAGAAUCCGACGUUCAGCCUGUACAGCCUGAAGAAGUGUCAGCUAGAGAUUUCCUGCAGAGACUAGACUUGCAGAUUAAGUUGUCAACACAGGCAGCCAAGAAACUGAAAGAAGAGAGCAGAGAUGAAGAGAGCCCCUAUGCAACUUCCCUCUAUCACAGUUAGAUGAUCAGAGAUGAUUAUCUAACCUGGAUUAAGAGAUGGUUGUAUCAUGCAGAAACCAACAGCUGAAGAUUCAAAAGUAUACAUCCUUAAAUCACAACUAAGUAGUUCCACCUACUGCAAUUGCACUGAAAUGAUUAUUUCCCUCUGGCUUUCUAUAAUUUUAAGUCUUUAUUAUGGCAUGAGAGCAAAUUGUAUUCUAAAGAUCAUCACUUUUGUAGGUGAUGGUAGUUUUUAGACUAGUUUUCGUAAAUACUAGUU